ACAAUUUUAGUGGACGACUGCAAAAAACGUUGGAAAAAUAUUAAGGAUACCUACAAUAGAAGAAAAAAAAAGAAAAGCACAAGUUCUGCUGCAUUGCCCAAACAGACGAAAUGGGCUUUAGCAGACAUGUUGUCCUUCCUGGACCAAACCGAGCACAAACGCCCAAGUACAUCUCUCGGAACUGAUCAACACGAAGAGAAUGACAUGAUGAGUGAGGAAGACACGCAAAAUGAUACUGAGUCAGGGGAAGUGUCUCAAGAAUCAUCUAGUCCAAGUAGUUCUGCCUCUGUCCUGACAGACAUUAACCCGGCUCGAAAUACGGUAGCGGGUGCAAUAAAAAAACAGUUUUCCAAAUCAAGUCGCGACAGAAAAGAGAAGAUAAAUGACGACAUUAUCGCUGCAAUAAAAGAAAGAAGUGCUGAAAGAAAUGAAAUAUUUAAAAAAAUUGGUCCAAGCAAACCAGAUUCUCUGGAUUUGUUUUUCCAGAGUAUUGCAGCUUCAGUAAAGGCAUUGAGACCUGAGUUAAUCAAUGAAGCGAAAUUGAGAACAAUGCACCUGGUAUUCGAACUAGAACAGAGAAAUGCUGGUGAACCUCAGCCAUCCCCAGCACCUCGUUACGAACCUCAGCCAUACUCAGGACAUCGUCAUGAACGUCAGCCAUCCCCAGCACCUCGUCACGAAACUCAGCCAUCCCCAGCACCUCGUUGUGAACCUCAGCCAUAUUCAGGAUCUCGUCUUGAACGUCAGCCAUACUCCGGACCUAGUCAUGAGCCUCAGCCAUACUCACGACCUCGUCAUGAACCUCAGCCAUCCCCAGCACCUCGUCAUGAAACUCAGCCACACUCAGGACCUCGUCAUGAUGAACCUCAACCAUACUCAGCACCUCGUCAUAAAUCUCAACCAUACUCAGAUUCUCAUCCUGGAUCAAGUCAGCAACAAAAUGCUUUUGAACUUACACCAGGCCCAGCAACCCCUUGUGCAACGAGUUCAGGCAAUUUAAGUACGACUUACAAUUCGCCGUCAUCAGAAGAUUACUUAUUAGAUCUAGAUAACUUUUAACCAAAUAACUAUAUUUUAUUACUUUGUUGAGUAUAUUUACUCAUUACUUUUUUGAAACUUGUGUUUAUUUUGUUCUUAUUUAGUUUUUUCUUUGAGUUUAAUAAUAAUAAAUAUUUCAUUGACAUGUUAGGCAUUUUAUUUAAACUUACUGACUUAAUGACUUACCUUAAUG